AUGAAGUUCAAACUUGCUUAUAUUAUUUUGUUUUUGUCUAUCGUAUUACCAACGGUGCUAGGAAAAAAAAGCAGCAAAUGUGGCAUAAUCGCUGACAAGUGUAUGUUAUUAUCAACUGGAAAAAUAUUUUGGCCAUCGAAUUGGGAUAAAAAUUGCAGUUCAAUACCCAUCUGCCCUGCUGGUUACAGACUUCAUAAAGAAAAAUUGGGAGAUAUUCGUGCAUGCUGUUGUUUGCUAACAAAGAUCGUUGAAUGUCCAGACUGCGAAAUGCCAAAGAAUAAAAACGUUACCUUCGAAAAAUGGGUUAAGCUGCACCUUGACAAAAAUGGUCCUCAAGAUGGAAAAUGUUCUGACGGAAAAAUGAAGAGAAUCUUUUUUGCUGAUGCUGAUCAACUGGAUAAAUGUUGUUGUGAAUCCAAAGACAGCCCAUUCAUAUCACAAUAA